UAUCCCCAACACACAUAAAGCUGUCCUCACUUCCUUCACUCCCAAAUCCAAAUCACCAGGAUUCAAUCUCGAAUGUCGACUCGAUACCCUUCUUUCUCCACUUCUCGAUCUUCCGGCCAAUCCGACCCCUCCUCAUCCACCGAGCUCAAAUCCAAACCACAUUCCUCCUCACUCAAACGUCUCGUAUCCGGUCCCACCGAUGCUCCCCAAUUGCCGUCCCGGGCGUUGUCGAAACCCAAGAAAGAUCAGAGCUUGGGCGCAAUGGUGAAGAAGCUGAUGGAGAAAAAGCCGAAAGGGGGUGUGGGGAGGGAGCAGCGAGGAGGGCUUUUUGUCGCGGCGGAGAUUUUGAAGGAGGAUUUGAAGAAGAGUGGGAAGAAAGGGGGAGGAUUUGGUGGGGGGUUGGGGAAGAAGUUGUUUGGGAAGGGGAUUGAAGGGGAGAAAGUUAAGGCCUUGACGGAAGUGAAGGCGAAUACGCGGAGUUUGGGGAUGGUGUUGAGGAGUGAGAGGGAGCUUUUGAGUCAGAAUAAGGAUUUGGAGUUGGAGAUUGUGGAACUUAAGUUGAUUGUCGAGGAGAGAAAUCGAGAGGUUGAGAAGUUAAAGGAUUUGUGUUUAAAGCAAAGGGAAGAGAUCAAGUCGUUAAAGACUGCCAUUCUGUUCCCUGAUGUUAUAGGUUCACAACUUCAGGAUCUUUUGGAGAUGCAGGGUUCUGAACUAAAACAGGCAAAACAUCUUAUCCCGAGUUUGCAGAGGCAGGUCACCUCUCUUACUGGCCAACUACACUUUCUUGCUGAGGAUCUCAAAGAGGUAAAGGCAGAGAGAAAUUCUUCCAGAGAAUGGUACGAUGAAGAUGAUAGUCCUCCAAGGACACCAUUGAAUGAUCAAGAACCAGCAGCUAAUUCUCUGGAGUUCAGCUCUCCCACCCAAACAAACGCUGGCAGUCCAGAUGACAUGUUGAUCAAGGAUUUUAAUCCUUGCUUAACACCUUACUAUGCCACAAAGUCCAAUGAGUUUGAGUUUAAUGGCUAUAGUUCACCUCAAAAUGAUGAUUUGUCUGACUUAAGCAUGCGAACUUGUGAGGACCUUGAGUUUGACAGUAAUGGUAGGAAGUUGUCAAAAAGUUCAGAUUACCGCAGAUGUUCCAACUCUAGGAACACUUCAUCUCAAGGAACUCGAAAGUCAGAUGAAAGCAAGUCAAGAUACGGAAAGCAGAUGCAGCAUAGACUCUUCUGAAUGGCUCUGGCAAACAGAUAUUUCCAUUCACCCGAAUCAUUGGCUGUUCAUGGCAACUAUAUAUGGGGGAGAAACUCUUUCUUUGGCCGGUAUAUCAAUUUUAAGAUGUUUUAAAUUGAUGCACUUGCUAUUCCGGCCAAUGUGUGCUCUUACAUAUUGAGAGUUCGACCUCGGGAGGUCGAAUCUAAGGACAUAAAUAAAGACUAAUCAGUCAAUUUUGUUAUUUGCAUUUGUAGAUUGUAUGUGUAGCUGGAAGCUGCAACUACUUCUUGCCUUCUGCACUGCACAAAAAUUUUAUAUUCGUCUUUCAACCUGUUGGUUGAUCAAUUACCUUCUCAGUAAUGUAGAGCUGUUUUAGAUUA